AAUGAGACAAAGUAGCUUUAGUUCAUCUGCAUAGCCCAUAAAUAUUUUAACAUGGAUUUCGUAAAGUACGAAACCGUCCCUCGUAAGUCUUCAAGGAACAAACGGCGAAAACUGUGUUUUAUCAUAGUUUUCGUCUUGCUUGGAAUUCUUUGUUUGUGUUGCUUUUUUGCUGGAAUCGCGCUCAUUGCUGAAGCUAGAAGAAAGCGUACUACAGAUGAGAGUCAACCGUCCAAGCAAAGCGGCUGCGAUUAUUCGGAGGAGGCAAUGCGAGUUGGUCUCGACGAUUUGUUUGAGAAAGCACAGAAUAAAUACUUUGAAUUGUAUCCCAACAAGAUUUAUGGAAAACCUGAUGUUUCACCGGAGGAAGUGAAGAAGAAAUACCGCUCGUACGAUCCAACUCCGGCUAACUUAAAACUCAUUGCUGAUGAAGCGACGAAGAUUAGAGACGAAAUCGAGAAGACACCGAUCAAUAUGGAUAAGCUCACUCUGAGAGAGAAACGAGGAGUCGCGCAACUAUUGCAUUGGGCAAAACAUGCAUUCCCUUUCAUGUUACCGUACGGAUAUGACUACUAUAUUGGUGACUGGAUGAUGGGACCGGAUAUAUUCUGCUGGUUCCCGAUCUGCAUGGUUCCAACCGAAGUUGGAACUGCUUUGAAGCAUUUCAAACCAUUUACUGUCAUCGAUGUGGAGUUACUGAGAGACAAAUUCAAGGAACUGGAAAAUACUUUCAAGCAGUUUGUGGAAAACAUGAAGUUGGGUGUGGAAGCUGGAAUGGUUCGUACGAUUGAGGAGUGCAAGGCUGGGCUGGAUGGGUUGAAAAACAACUAUAAGGAUGUGGCUCUUAAAGGACCGUCAGGAAUCUACGAAGCUUCGUUCAUAAAGCCAGUCCUUACUGCGGAUUUUAUCAAGAACAUGACUAAUGACGAAAAGCAAAAGUGGGAAGAUAAACAUGGCAAAUCAGUCAGCGAGUCACUUCGAGAAUACGCUCUGGAGUAUGUUGGCAAGCCAAUCGACAACAUGUUAAAAUUUAUAGAAACAGAUCAGAUACCACACUGUGCACCAGACAGUGUUUCUACUGGCCUUGGGAGUUUACCACUUCUCUACGUUUAUGAAAACGGCGUUCGUACGAGUAAAGAGACCACGCAGAAACUACCGAGUGGAGAGAAGCUGAAUGGAAGAGACUCCUACAUCAAGUUACUGGCGCAUUUCACCACCAACUCAAAAACCCCGGAUGAAAUUUAUACACUUGGAGAAAAGAUGCGAGAUAAACUCUACAAUGAGCUUUUGGAGUUAGCCAAGAAAAUCACCAAAAAUACAGACCAAGAACAAGCAAAGACUGCAUUUAAACGUCUAAUCAGUGAGUCCAGUCAGUAUUACAACGAUGGUGCCAUUCCAGCAAACGAAUCUGAUGCGAAUGCGCACAAAGUAUGCAGCAGUGUAAAGGAUGCAAAGAAAUACUGUCCCAAACGAUUUGCUGCCAUGAACAAAUGGUUUGCUCACUCUAAAGAAAUUAUGGCGACUUUAGAUUACGAGACAGCAGACUUGUUCUAUUUUACUGGCCCUUACCACUCCACUCCAAACUGUCCCAUCAAACUUGACAUCGAUUUCAAUCCAUCCAGCGGUGUGCCAUUUUACAUGAGCUCUGAUAAAGAUUGCUCCAGCGUCGCCAGCUAUAACAUUCCGUUCUUCCUUGAGAGGCCUGGGCCUAGAUAUGAAGCAGUCUCGCUGGCAGCGCAUGAAGCGAGGCCUGGGCACCAUACCCAAAUGCAAGGUUAUAUCGAACAGUUUUCGGACUCGUGCAAAGGACCUAUUAGCUGGAUCGCUGACAAUACUUUAUAUCUCACCUUCACGGAGGGCUGGGCACUUUACUGUGAGAAUCCACUAAUUCCUGAACAUACUACAGUAUAUGAAACUGAUCCAAUAAGCAAGUAUGGCAUGUUAAAAUGGCAGAUCUGGCGAGCAUUACGCCUGAUGAUGGACACAGGGCUUCAUUCAAAGGGACGAAAUCGAGCCUGGGCGCUGAAAUUGUUUGAGGACUACGCCUGGGACACCAGUGACGUAGCCGUUAAGGAAGUAACGCGCUACCAAAGCAUUCCGGGACAGGCCGUCACCUACAUGAUAGGACAACUCGCGAUCAUGAAAUUCCGGGACAAAGCUAACAAUACGCUGAACGAGCAAUUCAAUAUCAAGGAAUUCCACUACCAGGUUCUCCGUCAAGGUCCUUCUCCCCUUAGAUACCUUGAAGAGGUUAUCGACAAGUACAUAUCCUGUGUACAAGACAAGAAAGAAAAGGGAUGCGAUGAAGUCAUGAAGCCACCAGCAUCUAAAUCUUACGGCUCUCAAAGAAGAUCUGUGUUAGAAGGCAUGCAGCUUUCUCCUUGGGUUAUGUGACAUUUAUUUCAGUAGCAUAAACAGUGAGGCAUCUUACUGACGUUUUCUAACCAUGUGCAUAUUUUAGUAAUGCAAGCCUGCAAAUUCAAUCAACAGUCACUUCUCUAUGUAUGUUACUGUACAGAGACAAUUUACCUUUGUGGUUAUCAUUCAAAUUUUAUGCAAAAUACCAAAGGGCUGAGUCUGAAGAUUUCCUUUGCUGUUUUUUUUUUUUUUUGUAGAUAAGUUUUUGUUCCCCUCCCUUUGAAAAAAAAAUUUACGAUAAAAAAUUUCUUGCUCCACCAAGGUAAUAAUUGAUGGACUUAAAUGUCUAUCUUUCGAUCUAUUUUCAUUGCCCCUAUGAAGCGAAACUUUUGAGCCCUUCAGCUCCCUAAACUUCGUUCAAGCGAGAAACAAACAAACAGUGGACAAAUGUAGGUUCAGAUUGAAUUUGAAGUGAAAACAACAAGCAGUGUAAUCCACUGUCCAAGUAGACCUUCAGGUAGUCUCUUUGUAAUGGACCUUUUUCAUGCUCUGCUAAAAAGGCUGUUUAUCCUAAAGAAAGUACAUUUCGUUUAAAGAAAAAACAGGGUUUCUCAACAUUCUCCCAUGAGUAAUAGUACAUUGCAUAAACGCAAUUCCCUCUAUGAUAUAAUUAUGAUUAUCAUCUAAUGUACUUUCCAGUGUAACCAAGAUAUCUAACGUCUCACUUUGCACUGACUGAAAAUUUAUUAGUUUUCAAUGACUGUACGGGAAUAAAGUUAGCAAUGCGAAAUAAUGAAAAAAAAGUCUUCUUUCUGGUUUAA